AUGUGUAGAAUCGGCACCACCAUCACCCCCAGUGCCCUCGCCGCCACCCAACUCCACAAGACCCUAACCCAAGGCAAGAGCAAAACCCUCAGCCAAGCGCUGGGCCACACCUUCGACCAGCACGUGCUGGGCGGCUACCGCUUCCUCAUGCGCCACUACCGCGCCGCCACGGACAUCUACAUCUUCGGCUUCUCGCGCGGCGCCUACACGGCGCUGUUUCUGGCGGAGAUGCUGGACGCGGCGGGCCUGUUGGGCCCGGACAACGAGGAGAUGAUCCCCUUGGUGUGGGAGGCGUUCUCGCAGUUGAAGCUGACGCGGUAUCAGACGGCUGAAGCGCAGGAGAGGGCUGCGACGUAUCUAAGGCACUGUCGGGAGACGUUGUGUCGGCCUGUUCGGCCGGCGAGGUUUCUGGGGCUGUUCGAUACGGUCAAUAGUGUGGCGGAGUUUGAGGUGGUCAAUGACGGGAGGUCGAAUGCGAGGGUGGUGAGGCAUGCGGUUGGUAUCGAUGAACGGAGGGUGAAGUUUCAGCCUGUGCUUUUGGGGAUUUAUGGGAGGGGGGAAAGGGGGCAGAGGGCUGAGAGAGUGUUAGAUGAGCUGUGGCAUGGUGGUGUUGGUGGUGAUGAUGAUGACGCCCAAGAUUUCGAGGAAGUCUGGUUCCCCGGCAACCACGCUGAUAUUGGGGGCGGGUUCCAGCGUGGACCGCGGGAGCGCACGCAGAUUAGCCACGUUCCGCUUGUCUGGAUGGUGCGGGAGGCGCAGCGGGCUGGGCUGCGCUUGGAUCGCGAGAAGAUGAAAGAGAUGGGGUGUCUGGAGGAGGAGCUGGGGAUGUCGUUGUCGUCGUCGCCGUCGCCGUCGCCGUCGCCAUUCCAGGCUGCGCUGGUCGACUCCUGCACGCAGGGACUACUGCAUUCGUCGCUAGAUGCUGGAAACGGGGUCUCGCGGGCUACGGCCUGGCUGUGGCGGUUCAUGGAGUGGAUUCCUAUACGGCGGGCAGCGAUGCAGAAGGAUGGGAGGUGGGCGCUGGUCCACUGGCCGCCGCACCGCGGGGCCCCGCGCGAUACGCCGUUGGAUGCGAAGUUCCAUGGCUCGACGAUUAGGCGCAUGAAGGCGGAUUCUGAGUAUCGACCGGGGAAUGUGAUUAUUGGGGGGAGUGGGAUGAAUUGUCGACGUGCUCCAGAGAGGUUUGGGAUUGGGGAGUGGGGUGUUUGUAGCGGUGGUGGAAGUCUGGCUAGCGAGAUCUACAUGAGGAAGUUGCCGGGGCAGUCGUGA